CUGCCCAGUGACGUCACCGCGGCGCCACCUUCCCGACUUAGGCUGGUGCUUUCAGAGCUCCUCAGGUCUUCAUCCGUGGCCGUCGUCUCGUCCGCCAAAAUGUCUGCUGGAUCGAGUGCUGCCAGUGGCAGUAACCGAAGACUUCAGCAGACGCAAAAUCAAGUAGAAGAGGUAGUGGACAUAAUGAGAGUCAACGUGGAUAAGGUGUUGGAAAGAGACCAGAAGCUGUCUGAGUUGGACGACCGCGCGGACGCACUGCAAGCCGGAGCUUCUCAAUUUGAAACGAGUGCUGCCAAGUUGAAGAGGAAAUACUGGUGGAAGAACUGCAAGAUGUGGGCCAUAGGGAUCAGCGUGCUGGUGAUCAUCAUUGUCAUCAUCAUCGUGUGGAGCGUUUCUUCUUGAAGAACCAGUGAAACUCAGGCCUUGCUGUUCAGGAAACCUCUUCAAGACCUUGACUUUGAACCUGCUAUAUUAUCAAGCUUGCCUACUGUUGUUUCUAAACUGAUUAUUUUUGGUAGUUUGUGU